ACGUCGGGUAAAAUAAUUAAUUCCAAGAAAUGUGUUAACGUUACAGAUUGAAAAUUCAAGGUUGAUUUCCACAUGGGCAUUAUAGUUACUUUUAACGUUGCAGAAAUGUUUUUAACUACAGAGAAAGCACGUGCUUACCGACAAGUGAUUGAUUAGCAGGCACUACACGGUAUCGGUUGCAUGAUAUCUUUAAGCUAAUAUUAGCUAAGGGUAACGUUAGCUGAGUUAACGUUAGGCCAAAACAGAAGUUUGCCGUCCACGUUUUGCUGAGUCCAACGUUGCCGGAUGCAGUAAUGUGACCAGGGAACAGUUAGAUUGCUGCUCUACACGAGUUAUUGCCUCAGUAUAUAUCAAUACAAACAAAAGGGAAAUAACGGUUGGGUUGGUCAUUAAGAUGAUUUUCGGAGUAUUUACCUUAGUGUCACAAUCUGUGCUGCCAAAGUAUCAAUAAAGAAAUUACUUAAGGGAUCAUUCUUGCUCACUGGUCAGCCACCGGAAACCGGGGCUCACUCUCUGUUGGAGCACGUGUAUAAGCUAUCUAGCCUGUGCUGAAGUCAGCAGUGAGAAGGUUUGGUGUCACACAGUGACUUAGAUGAUCGAGCAAUUGAGGCUCUGAAAGAAUUCAACGAGGAAGGUGCUCUGCAAGUCCUUUUGCAAUUCAAGGACAGCGACCUCUCACAUGUUCAGAACAAAAGUGCCUUUCUUUGCGGCGUGAUGAAGACGUACAGACAGAGAGAGAAACAAGGGACCAAAGUGUCAGACACCAAUAAAGGACCAGAUGAAGCCAAAAUCAAAGCUUUGCUGGAGCGAACUGGCUACACACUUGAUGUGACAACAGGCCAGAGGAAGUAUGGAGGUCCCCCACCAGAGUCCGCCCACUCAGGGGCACAGCCCACCAUUGGCACAGAGAUAUUUGUAGGCAAAAUCCCCAGAGACCUUUUUGAGGAUGAGUUGGUUCCGCUGUUUGAGAAAGCUGGCCCCAUCUGGGACUUGCGCCUGAUGAUGGAUCCUCUCAGUGGCCUGAACAGAGGCUACGCCUUUGUCACUUUCUGCACUAAAGAAGCUGCACAGCAGGCUGUCAAAUUGUGCAACAACAAUGAAAUUCGACCGGGUAAACAUAUCGGAGUGUGCAUCUCUGUGGCCAAUAAUAGACUGUUUGUUGGCUCCAUCCCCAAGAGUAAAACAAAAGAGCAGAUUGUUGAAGAAUUUUCAAAAGUCACAGAGGGUCUAAAUGAUGUCAUAUUGUACCACCAGCCAGACGACAAGAAGAAGAAUAGAGGCUUCUGCUUCCUGGAGUAUGAAGACCACAAGACAGCAGCUCAGGCCCGUCGCCGGCUGAUGAGUGGCAAGGUGAAGGUGUGGGGAAAUGUGGUCACCGUGGAAUGGGCUGAUCCAAUCGAGGACCCAGACCCAGAGGUCAUGGCCAAGGUCAAGGUGCUGUUUGUGAGGAACUUAGCGAGCACUGUCACAGAAGAGAUACUUGAAAAGGCCUUUAGUCAGUUUGGCAAGUUGGAGCGGGUGAAAAAAUUGAAAGACUAUGCCUUCAUCCACUUCGAGGAAAGAGAUGGUGCUGUGAAGGCAUUGGCUGAUCUCAAUGGCAAAGACCUCGAAGGAGAGCACAUUGAAAUCGUCUUCGCUAAGCCCCCUGACCAGAAGAGGAAAGAGCGCAAAGCCCAGAGACAAGCCGCUAAAACACAAAUGUAUGAUGAAUACUAUUACUACGGGCCUCCCCACAUGCCACCACCUACACGAGGCAGAGGCCGAGGAGGGCGAGGAGGUUAUUCUUACCCUCCUGAUUAUUAUGGCUAUGAAGACUAUUAUGAUUACUAUGGAUACGAUUACCACAACUACCGGGGCGGAUACGAUGACCCGUACUACGGCUACGAAGACUUCCAGGGGUCCGGGAGAGGACGAGGAGCGAGGGGAGGAGUCCGUGGUGGUGCCAGUCAGACUAGAGGCCGUGGUGCUGUCACACCGAGGGGCCGGCUGGGUUUCUCCCAGCGAGGAGGCCCUGGAACAAGCAGAGCAGGGAAACGGGGUCGAGGGCGGUCCUGACCUGUCACAGUGGAAACUGACUUGAUGUGUGGGGUUAACACCGUAAGCUGCAAUGGAUGUUGAAACAAAAAAGAGCACGACAAAAAGGUCCAAUGAUAUUCCAGCCUUACAGAA